AUGUACAACUGGUACAUGGAACACCAUGUUGGUUAUCAUAUCCCCUACCCCAAUGUCACCAACACCAGAUACAACUUGCAUGGUGAAGCAGCAGCCAUUCUAAUUGUGUAUCACAACCACUUCAUGAAAUUCAUGGAAUUCAUGUGUGAUGUGAAGGACAAGCCAGCCUUGACUAAUAUUGAGAAGCAUUUUCUGAGUGCAUUGAAGGAUGUGCCUACCUGA